GUUCGUUCGUUCGAUUUAAAUUCGCCGUUUGUCUUGUAAUUCAAUUUGUUUGAACAUUUUUCUUUCAAAUUCCAAAAAUGACUGGAAUAUUUUUUAACACUUCACCUUCCGUCAAAAAGUUGAUGGAGCUCAUGAAAAAUGACGAAGAGAACAGAGUUUGGGAUGAGAAGGCCAUAAAAAGUUUGGUUAAAAAGUUGAAGAAGGGCUCGGGGUUGGAUGAAUUGGUAAAGGCCAUCACGUCGGAAGAUUGUGACACCAAGUGCGUCACCAUUCCCAGAUCAUUGGAUGGCCGCUUGCAAGUGUCUCAGAAGAAGGGCCUGCCACACAUGAUAUACUGCUGCCUCUGGAGGUGGCCCGACCUCAAGAACCAUCAUGAACUUCAAGCCAUUGAGAACUGCGAAUAUGCAUUCCAUCUUAAAAAAGAAGAAGUCUGUGUGAAUCCAUAUCAUUAUGUGCGAGUUGAACCUCCUGUUCUGCCACCAGUUUUGGUGCCAAAGAUUCCACUGGACUCCAUCAAAUCACCAAACUUCAAUGAUGACUAUCCAUCAAGAAUCAAUAACCUCAAUCCUAAAAGUGUUGAUGCCAAUUUCCAUCUACCUGAAACCCCUCCACCUGGUUACUUAUCUGAGGACAGCGAUAGUAGAGCUGCAGUUGGUUGCUCGAGUGAUGGUGGAGAUGGUGUGAACAGUGACAAUGGAGAUGGGCAAGACAGUAUGGAUGUUGAUAGCACACCACAAUAUGAGUUGCAGCAGGUCAACUACACGGAGCCAAAUUAUUGGUGCAGCAUCUCCUACUAUGAACAACAAAACCGCAUCGGUGAACCAUACCACGCUUCACAGCCUUCUUUGAGUGUUGAUGGCUUCACUGAUCCAUCCAGCUCCGAUAGGUUCUGUCUUGGGUUACUGUCCAACAUAAAUCGAUCACACCAAAUUGAGAUGGCAAGAAGGCACAUUGGCAAGGGUGUCCGUUUAUACUACAUUGGAGGCGAAGUGUUUGCAGAAUGUUUGAGUGACAGUGCAGUGUUUGUCCAGAGUCCCAAUUGCAACCAAAGGUACGGAUGGCACCCAGCAACAGUCUGCAAAAUUCCUCCUGGGUGUAAUCUGAAGAUAUUCAACAAUCAAGAGUUUGCUACUUUGUUGGCUCAAUCGGUCAGUCAAGGAUUUGAGUCAGUGUAUCAGCUUACCAGGAUGUGUACCAUUCGCAUCAGUUUUGUUAAAGGAUGGGGAGCUGAGUACAGACGUCAAGCAGUGACCAGUACGCCAUGCUGGAUAGAAAUUCAUUUGAAUGGUCCCCUGCAGUGGUUGGACAAGGUGCUUGUGCAAAUGGGCUCACCGAGACUACCCUGUUCCAGCAUGUCGUGAAGAUGAAUAACUGCUGCAGGCCGCUUGUUGCUGUUUGUAAUAUAACGCUGCAUGUACAUUAACGUGUUCAUCUCUGUGCUGUUGUUGUUAUUGUUACGAACAUUUCAUGGCGUGAUGUGAGGAAGGACAGUCUUCGAUCGUGUACAUAAAGUCGUCGUGAAAUUCUUUAAUUGUAUUAUUGACCACUUAACAUAUUUUUUAUCAUAAAUUUGUUUAUAUCGUGGCAAGAUUGUUAUUCGAAUGGGCUGAUAAAGAUAGACAGCGUAACAUUUGAUGUCGUUACAUAUUUAUUGCAUUUUCAUUUUUAUAUUUGUAUAGACAUUAUUGUGUAUUCAUCAAACCUUUGCAGAUAAUAAAUUGUCGUUUGUUUCCUUCGAGAUUA